AUGGCCAUUAGAAAGGAGCCAGUAAUUAAUCCAACUACUCCUGAAGAUACUCAUUCUAAUUUUAAUACUCAUGAUCCUCAACGAAAUAUGAAUUUUCCUACUACAUAUGAGGAACUUAUGGCUGUACACCGAGAAAAACUUUUGGAUUUAAAUCUUACUCUUUGUUGA